GGUCAAUAAAUAAAUGAAAAGCUGUAUACUUUUCUUCGUUUGUUGCGUUGGGGUUGUUGCCCAUUUGCCACUCUUCCUUCCACUCCACCUCUUCUUCAAGAAAAGGGAAAAUCCCCCCAACCCCUCACGAAAACCCAAUUCCUCUCUUACUUCGUCAUCUCCUCUUCAUAGCCGCCGUUCGCUCGCUAGCUAGCUUUAACCACUGCUUCUGGAGCUCUCCAUUCCGCACCAAUUUCGGAUUCAGAACCCUGCUUCUUCCUGGGUAGCUUCUCCUGCAGAAAACCAGAGACAUAAUUUGGUUGUGAGUGAAAGAGCAGUAACCCCGCUCUUCGCACACCUUUCUGUCAGUGUCUCUGCAGCUAGACCACCAGUUGGAAUUCAUUGAGAGCGAGAGAGGUAAGAACUUGGCGGCGGGUGUUUUUCCUGUUUUUUUUUUUUUUUUUUUUUCUCUGUCGUUCUUUCUUCCAGAAAACACAGACACAAUUCAAAGCUUGGCAGGAAAAGGGGUUUCUGGUUCUUGUGGGGUUUUCCUGUUUUGGGUUGGGGCAUCAGAAGAUUAUAACAACAAGAGUUGCAGAGAGAUAAUAGGAUGUUUGGCUGCGAUUGCUUUUACUGGAAUCAACGACAACAAGCCGUUGACUUUGACAGUCUCCCUGAGCCAAAGCCUUUCUCCUUACCUGCUCCUCUCCCUCAAUGGCCUCAAGGUCAGGGAUUUGGUACUGGGAGAAUGAAUUUGGGAGAGCUAGAGGUUAUCCAAGUAACCAAAUUCGAGAGUGUUUGGAGAUGCAUCCAAUUGGGUGGGAAUUCACAAUUAGGAGUCUCGUUUUACAAACCUGUUGGGAUCCCUGAUGGCUUUCACUCCCUUGGUUACUACUGCCACCCCAAUGAUCAGCACCCACUGAGAGGUUAUGUCCUUGUCGCUCGUCAAAUCAACCACCCUCAAUCGUUGUCAUCGGACCCUCCACCAUUGAGAAAGCCAAUCAACUACUCGCUGAUUUGGAGCACUGGCUCACACUAUGGUGACAAAGGCUAUUUCUGGCUUCCAAAUCCACCAACAGGUUAUAAGGUCAUGGGAAUAGUAGUUACACAUGACUCGAACCAGCCAGAUGUGGAUGAAGUGAGGUGCGUUCGAGCAGACCUUACAGAACACUGCGAGACUUGUGAUCUCGUUUUCUCCAUGGAUUCGAAAAGCGGCUCUAACCAGCAAUUCCAGAUUUGGACCACUAAGCCAUGUGCAAUGGGAAUGUUCGGUAAAGGUGUCUCUGUUGGAACAUUUUACUGUCAAAGUGCAAUUUCGAGUUCAGAAGAAGCUCUCGCAAGCAUAGCUUGCUUAAAAAAUCUCGACAGUACCCUAUCUGCAAUGCCAAACCUGAACCAGAUUCAUUCCUUGAUCCAACACUAUGGCCCUACAAUGUACUUCCAUCCUGAUGAAGACUAUCUCCCUUCUUCGGUGCAGUGGUUCUUCAAAAACGGAGCACUCCUGUACAAAGAUGAUUGGAAGGAAGGUCAACCGAUCAACUACAUGGGGUCAAACUUGCCAAGUGGAGGUGUAAACGACGGUGAAUAUUGGAUUGAUUUACCCCUCGAUGAUGGUGAAAGCAGCAGUUUGAAAAAUGGAAACUUGGAGAGUGCAGAGCUUUAUGUUCAUGUGAAGCCAGCACUUGGGGGGUCCUUCACCGAUGUAGCAAUGUGGGUGUUUUGUCCUUUCAAUGGACCAGUGACACUCAAGAUAGGGCUCAUGAGCUUACCAAUGUCGAGGCUAGGGCAGCAUGUGGGCGAUUGGGAACAUGUCACUCUCCGUAUCAACAACUUCACUGGAGAGCUAUGGCAAGUGUUUUACUCCGAGCACAGUGGGGGGAGAUGGGUGGAUGCCUCCGAAGUGGAGUUCAUUAAAGGUAGUAAUAAGCCGAUUGUGUAUUCUUCGAAGCAUGGCCAUGCUAGCUUUCCCCACGAGGGUAUGUUUCUUCAAGGUGCAACGAAACUUGGAGUCGGCGUGAGAAAUGAUACUGCUCGGAGUGAUUACUUUAUCGAUUCCAGCAUUAAGUAUCAACUCAUUGCAGCCGAAUAUCUUGGAGAAGAAGUCAUUAAAGAACCGAGCUGGCUGCAGUACAUGAGAGAAUGGGGUCCUACUAUUGUGUACGACUCUCGGUCUGAGAUCGAUAAGAUUAUCAAUAUACUGCCGUUUUUUGUUCGGUUUUCGGUAGAGAACCUCAUCGAGUUGUUUCCGACAGAGCUUUAUGGUGAGGAAGGACCAACUGGGCCAAAGGAGAAGGACAACUGGGUUGGAGAUGAGAUAUGUUAGCUGUUGGAAAAUCAACCAGCAUUUUGAUGAAAAAGGUUUGCUUGCUAUUCCACACUGUAGAAGGCUACAUUUGUAAAUUAUACCAUAGGGGAGAAGUACACCAUUAGCAUGUGUGAUUGUUUGAUUGGGAAGACAUCUAUCAAAAAAUGUAGUGUUCACAUGGUGGAAAUUGUUUGUAUGUUGUAUCAACAUCAAGGUUGUUAAACCCUUAUCGUAUCCUCAGUUGGACCCGAUAUGACCUAAGUAUGGCUUCAAAAUAAUCUUCAGAAAGCCCUCCGAUCUGCCCCUAAAGAGGGAGAAGAAGAGAGGGGGAAGAGAGAAAGAGGAACAAAAGAAGGGAGAUGGUGGAUGGGUCAUGGAGAUUAGGUAGAUUUAUUUUGUGGAAAAUAAGUUUUUAAUAGAUUCAUGUAAGAUAAAUUCCAAUUCAAUUAUUAAAUCUUUAAUUACUACCUUAUUUGUAUAUAUAUUUAGAAAACGUCUAAAUCGGCUUAAACCGGCUGGAACUUAAUCAAACCAUUAAACCUCAAACUCUUUGCUUGACCUGCUC